AUGAAGCUUAUUCUUGCUGUGCUGGUUUUGGUGGUUGAGACCAAGGCGCAGUGGUACAACUUCCCAGGAGAAGCCAUUGGAGGUGCAAAGGAAAUGUGGGACGCCUACCAGGAUAUGAAGGAUGCCAACUGGAAGAACUCAGACAAGUAUUUCCAUUCACGUGGGAACUCUGAUGCUGCAAAAAGGGGUCCAGGAGGCAAGUGGGCAGCCGAAAUAAUCAGUGAUGCAAGAGAGGCUGUUCAGGGUUAUAGUAACAGUGGCAACUCUGAUUCUGAAGCUGACCAGGAGGCCAAUCGCUGGGGUCGUAACAGUGGAGACCCCAACCACUACAGACCCGAAGGCCUUCCCGAUAAAUACUGAAAACAGACAACCUCUGAAAUUGUCAGUGCUUCCAGGAUCUUUUUUUUCUUUUGUUGCUCUAAAAUUUUGCAAAGAAAAUAUAAAA